GAAUACCGGCGUCCCUGAAGGUGAAGGUGACGAAGGUGACCGGGGACGGCGCCGUGCUCACCUGGGUCACCUCGGCGAGCCAAAGGGGAGCCAUGACCUCCUGCUGGCUCCACUACAACCCUUCGAGCGAGGCCCUGCACGUGCAGACGGAGGUGGCCGACCUGAAGGAGGCCGACAUCGUCAUGGGCCACCUCACGCCGAAUGUCACCUACUACGCCUUCCUCAACUGCACCCAGGGCGCCACCACCUACAGAACCAACACCGUCCACUUCACACCGCACGGUGACCCGGCGGUGGCGUUGGAGGUCCGCCCACCGCCGCCCACGCCCAAACCCUCCGGAUCUGCGUCGUGGGCGUCGUCGUCGAGUGGGCGUGAGCAGACGGGCGGGCAGUCGGCGGGGGACGUCGGGAUAGUCGUCAUGAUGAGCCACAUGAGACACAUGGACCGCCCGAGAAGAGACCCCCACCUCGACGUCCCUUCCACCAGCGUCAUCCUGGGUGCAAUGUGUGGCGUGGUCGGGUUCCUGAUCAUCAACGUUACAGUGGCGAUGGCGGUGACGCAGUGCAUCCACAGACGGGCGAGGAGACGCCGCUUGCUGGAGCUACAGCUGGAGCAGCACGGGGGUUACCUGUACAACUACGAAGAGCUGAUGGCCGACUACAACCGACAGAUCACCGCAGGAAACUCAUAGGAAAUGGCGAGCAGGGGAUUGUAAGUCCUCGGCGAAUCCAGCAACUUAAGACAGGAGACGGAGAGAGAGUGAGAAAAAAGGAGAAAUUCUUUUAUUCGCGUGUUGUAUGUCCCUACGUGGGUUGUUGUUGUAUUUUUUGGAAGGGAGACUGAAACGGUCUGUGAGAGACGCACAUACACACUUUUGGCUUUGCCGGAAGUAGGCGUAGCACAUGGCGAAAAAGGGGGAGUAGGAGAGGGAGAGAAAGGAAAGAGGGAAGAAGAGGAAAGUCAAAGAGGAAAAGAAGAAGAAUGACUAGACUCUCUCCUCUUCGGUGGAAAGAACCCGUCUUAGGAGGAAGUCUUUUUUUUUUUUUUUUUUUUUUUUUUGAAGUCCUCUCUUUUGCCUUUGAAAGACUGACUUUAGGAAAAAUGUUGAGCUAUUUUUCCUCAACCAGGACAUGUCACCCGUAGAUUUUAGCUUCUGUAGAGUUUAAGUGGAAUUGACGAAGGAGAGUUAGGGUCCCAGAUCUCGUUAUUUUGUUACGGUUAGCCUUUCUCGUAAUCAAACUUUGGGCAAAUAGCGAAUCACAAACUUCAGCUUAGGAGAUAUUCACACAUGUAGCUGUGGAAGGAAUGUCCGCUAUUUUUGGAAUAAGAUUUUUUUUCUCUCUCCAUCUCUGUAAUAUGAGAGAGAGAGAAAAAAGGAAAUAUUGUCCACCAAGUGAUUGAAACUGGCGGGCGGAUGUUUUACUCUUGGAAAAAGAAUUAUCUUUUGAUUUAAAGGAAAAAAUAUGUUGUACUCUAUUUAUUUAUUAUAAAACUCCUCUUGCUCUUUUAUCUGCGAUUUUAUAUAUUUAUUUAAUUUUAUUUAUUUAUAUUUUUGAUGGGAGUGAGCAGUGAAUCAAAAGAAAAGGGAUAAAUGUCCCGAUAAUCUUUAUAUCAACGUUGCUCUUUGUCUGUCUGUCUGUCUGUCUCUCCCUUGCUUUCUUCAUUUGAUUUAUGUACAAUUUUCUUUCUGAACUUCGAGCUUUUUUUUAUAUUAUUUAAUUUUCUCAUCUUUUUUGUUAGCGGUGUUUACGAAAUUCAUUUCAAGUGUAAAAUUAAAUAAAUCUGAAAUCUCACUAAAUAAGCGAUGAACAGCAUAUAGAGAAAAGUGAAAACCUUGAAAUACGAGAUAUAGUGUUAAAGAAGAAAUAAAUAGUAGAAGAAUAAGAAAAAAAAAAGAAAGAAAAACAAGUGCCCAUCGUUGAGCGUAUCUCGCCGGGAAAUUCAAAAUCCAUAAUUGCUUUUCGAAGUCAAGGAACGCAAUCAUUCCAUGUUUUUUUUUUUUUUUUUUUUGCCCAUUUCCCCGCUCCUCUUAAUUUGCGCCACAGCAAUUUGUUUAAUGAGGUGUCCGCGUGGAAAAAAUUAUACCAUAUUGAAGUGAAAUUAGGGAGAAAAAGUCCGUAUGGUAAUGCAUUUGUAUUAUAAAUAGUAAUGUUGACUUGUAAAUAGUUGUGAAGGUCAUCAUACUUUUUUCAGUGAUUACUUCUGGCAUCAAAUUCAUUAUUCAUUUGAUAUAUUUUUCAUAUUAUGACUUACCGUUACUUUACCGUAAAAAGAUAAAGAGAGCUAAAGAUAUAUAAGCAAAGAAACCCGAUUAGAAAAAGAAGAAAAGAGAGAAAAAAACAAAAGUAGAACAAAAGAAACAA